AUGGAAAAUUUGAUUGGGAGUGAUGAUGAUAAUGCAGAGUAUGAAGGGGAUGGAGAAUCUGAAGAGGGUAAUCAAGAGUAUGAAGAGGAUGAUGAAUCUCAAGAAAGUGAUCCAAAUUUUGAAGAGUAUGAUGAAUCUGAAAAUAGUGAUCCAGAGUAUGAAGAAGAUGAGAGACAAAUAGAAGAUGAAGAUCAUAUGGAUGACAUAAUGGAUGUUGACAACAAUAUACAGGAUGUGGAUGUGGACAUGGGAGACUUCACUCUCAAUGUUGAAAGUGAUGUGGAAGGUUCUUGUAUAAAUGUUGUUCAUGGGCAUGAACCUGAAGAUAUGGAAGUGAUUAACAAUGAGGAAUUUGAAUCUUUGGAUGAAGGAUCCGACCAAGACAGAGAGAGAAGAGCUCUUAUCAAGAAUUUGAGAAAAGAAAAAAGGCUUAGGGCACAGUGUAGAGGUGUUGUACCUGUCACCAAUAAAGGCCAAGUGGGUAGUCAAGCUACCACUUCAAAAAGAAAGGGUAAAGAAUUAAAGACACAAAAAGUAACAUGUGGUUGGUACAUUCAUGCAUCUAGGUCAAAUCCUGAAUCCGACUGGUUUAUAAGGACCUUAAACCAAACUCACACAUGUUUGCAAACAAGGAAACUCAGGGCUUGUACUGCUUCUUUAAUCAGCAAGAAAAUCUUUGAUCAAGUUGAGGCGAAUCCAGAUAUACCUUUGAGAGCUAUACAAGAUCACUUUCAAAAGACCUACCAAGUGGGUGUUAGUAUGGACAAGGUGUUCAGGGCAAAGGAUAAGGCAAGAAAGCAUAUAACUGGUGACUACACAAAGCAGUAUGAACUGUUGAGGGACUAUGUUCUCGAACUUCAAGCCACCAACCCAGACACCACAGUGAAAAUAGAUGUAUGUUCUGAGCCUAACCCUGAUUCCCCAACUAGGCAGUUUAGAAGAAUUUAUGUGUGCUUGGGUCCACUGAAAAAAGGGUUCAAGGCAUGCCUUAGGGACUUAUUAGGUUUUGAUGGUGCCUUCAUGAAAGGACCAUUCCCUGGGCAAGUCCUUUCAGCAGUUGGUCUUGAUUCCAAUAAUGGAAUUUACCCAUUAGCAUAUGGGAUUGUUGAGUCUGAAAACACAGAAAGCUGGAAAUGGUUUUUAGAUAACCUUGGGGAUGACUUGGACCUUGGAAGAAACUCAAAUUUUACUUUCAUAAGUGACAGGCAAAAGGGUUUACAUACUGCAGUUGAGCAAAUUUUUCCCAAUGCUGAGCAUAGAUAUUGUAUCAGACAUAUUCAUGACAAUAUGAGGAAAAGAUGGAGGCAAACAGAGUACAGGGACCACUUAUGGAGGUGUGCAUCAGCUACCACCAUUCCUGAGUUUGAACAUUUGAUGAAGGAGUUUAGUCAGUAUGAUAAGGAGGCAUGUGAAUGGUUGAAGCAAAUUCCUCCUAAACAUUGGGCAAGGAGUCAUUUUUCAGGUAAAUCUAUAUAUUCCAAUUUGGUCCUUAUGUCUUUCACUUAG